CCUGCGGAAAUGAAGUUCCCUCGCUUGGAACUAAUGGUAGCAGCCGACACAAAUCUUGGGAUCGGUAAAGAAAACAAAAUGGCGUGGCACCUGCCAACUGAAUUUUCAUAUUAUCGGCGAAUGACUACGAGUCCUGCACCUGGAUCGAACGGUAAGGUCCAUGCCUCUAUCUUCGCCACGAAAACAUGGCAGUCCAUCCCGCAGGAAAUGAAACCUUGGGGCAAUACCAUCUGUUUCAUUCUGAGCCGUUCUAUGACGGCCAAAGAUGUGCAAGGCUAUAGCGACGUUUACAUCCAUUCAAGUAUUGAAGAUAUAAUUGCUCACAUUCGUCUGCCUGAGAUGAGAAAACGUAUUGAUCGUGUCUGGAUGCAUGGUGGAGCCUUUGGUUACCAAGAAGCUCUUCGUUCAAAGCAUUUUUACCGAAUAUACCUUACCAAAAUUCACGCCGAGUUUCAAUGCGAUGUUUUCUUCCCUCGUUACGACGAAAAUCGACUAAAGUUAGUUCACGAUCCGGACGUUCCUCAAGGGAUCCAAGUAGACCACGGCAUCAGUUACCAAGUGCACGUUUACGAAACUACUGGUGCCUGCCCUUUAAUCGAAGACUUUGCCCGUUGAACUUUGGUUUCACUGUACGUGUUCGUCUGCAAAACAAAGCAAAAGUUUGAUUUGUAAAAAUGCUGAAUCAUAAUGAAAUGUUUUGUACACGA